GCACCUGCUCAUAGCCGCAGCUUUAGGAAGCCUCCUCCCCCACGGAGGCAGCCCACCUGCCGCUGUUCAUGAAAGGCUGUCCUGUCGAGGAGAGAGGGGGUGGGGUCACGUGACCCAGGGUCUUUCCUUGGGGUAUAAAGGACUCAGCACCCAUCUUGUUUAAAGCCGAGGAUCAUACAUCCAACUGCUUUCCAGUGGGACCUGCACGAAGGCCGCUCCUGGUGGCGCCUCAGUCCCACCCUGGGCUCUCCGGUGAUGGCUGUGCUGCUCCUCAUAGGGAUGCUGGUGGCCCCCGGUGUGGGGAGCCACCCUCUGGACACGCCCCACCGGCCGCAGGAGCUGCUGCCAGGACUCUCAAAAAACAUCAAUGUCACGCUCCUCAAUGGCAUGUUUAAAAAUGUGGAAAGCGCGUCCGAAAUUUUCGACUGCCUGGGCUCCCACUUCACCUGGCUGCAGGCCGUCUUCACCAACUUCCCCGCACUGCUGCAGUUCGUCAGCGGCCUGAGGUGCGUGGCUGGCCUCUGCCCCCGCGACUUGGAAGACUACGGCUGCGCCUGCCGGUUUGAGAUGGAAGGGCCGCCCGUGGACGCACCGGACAGAUGCUGCUUCCAGCACCGCAGGUGCUACGAGGAGGCCGCUGAGACGGACUGCCUCCAGGACCCCAGCAAGAUGAGCACGGACAUCAACUGCGUCAGCAAGAAGAUCACAUGCGAGUCCAGGGACCCUUGUGAGCGCCUGCUGUGCACGUGCGACAAGGCCGCCAUUGAGUGCUUGGCCCAGUCCACGAUCAACUCCUCCCUGAUCCUGCUGGACCCCGCCUUCUGCCUGGCUCAGCCUCCAGAGACAACCAGCAGGAAGGAGCUGACGACCCUUCUGCCCAGAGGUAAGCCCGCGGAGCCCACAGACAGCGGCCUGCUGGCCCUCUCAGGAGAAGUGUCUGCUGAGACCAGAGGCGACCAACUGACCACUCUCCUCAGGACAAGUAAGCCCAGGGGACUCCAGGAGACAGCAGGAGCAGAACCACUGCAACACCCGGAAGGCACAGCAGCUGUGAGCACCCCCACCCCUCCAGGGUCCGCAGAGGUCGCCACCACAGCCAGAGGGGGGACCGUCAUCCCCGCCAGCACUAAGUCUUCGGGGCUGGCUGUGUCGUCUGUCGGACGUGGUCCCGAGCGGACAACUGGGAAAGCUUGUGACAGGGUCACCUUCCUGCACCUGGGGAGUGAGGACCGCACACAGGCGAUGCCGCAGCUGGGAGAGAUGCUCUCCUGCCUGACGCCCCGGUGCCCGGAGGAGUUUGAAUCGUACGGCUGCUACUGUGGGCGAGAAGGGGGCGGCGAACCAGCGGACACCCUGGACAGGUGCUGCUGGUCUCACCGCUGCUGCCUGCGGCAGGUGAGGAGGCUGGGCUGCCUGCCCGAGAGGCUUCCUCCGUCCCCGGCGGGCUGCGCGGACGGCGCCCCCCAGUGUGCCGGGCAGAGCCUGUGCGCGAAGCUGCUCUGUGCCUGCGACCAGACGGCGGCCCAGUGCAUGGCCGCUGCCUUCUUUAACCAGAGCCUGGCGAGGGCCGGCAGGCCGGAGUGCCAGGGCAGCCCGGCCCCCUGCGAGGACGGCGAGCAGGGCGGGCCUUCCGCUCCGUCCCCGGGCUCCAGCUCCGAGGACAGCAGCGAGGAGGAGGCUGAGCCCCACGUGGCACACCCGAGAAGAGCCAGGUUUCUGGGGAAGUCACUCGGUCCUGUGCGGGCCGGGCCACCCCACCGCCCCAGAUAGAGCCCCCGAGAAAAUGAGGAGCACCCUGUUGUCCUGCUUCUUGUUACGGUGACGUCUUUGGGCCACGGCCUCCUCCCCUGGGCAGGGGCACGAAGGGAAGAGAGGCAGUGAGACCUCUGCAGAGGCACUGGGACAUGUCAGCUCACACUUGCACGUGCGUGUGGGGAGGGCACAACCGGUGUGGUUCUGUGCUUUCUGUAGUGCACUAUGGAGGCUCAAUAAAUACUCCAAUCAA